AAAAACUUUAAAAGCUGUUAGUAAGUUUAGCAUCAGUUCGACCAGGCAUCAAAAGCAAGUAUGGGUUUAUACUACUUUAUCGUGGCGGUUGCCUUGGUUGCGGCAGCUUGGGCAGAUGAGAGUUGCCCUGAUCCUGAAUCGCUGAAACCAUGUACUUGCGAUGGCGAAGGGGUUAACUGCAUGGCUGCCACGUCUUUGGAUCAAAUUAAAAAAGCUUUUCAAGUAAAAUUUAAAUAUGGAGGCGUAAGAUCAGUCUGGGUGCAAGGGACACCUAUAACAUCCAUACCAGCUGGUCUCUUUGGAAGCAUCAAAAGUCAGCAAUUUUACAUUGAAAUCAACAAUGUAACUACUGUCGACAUGGCCGCCUUCAGUGCAUCAAAGAAAACCUUGCAUACAUUGAGUUUGUUCGGGAACAAAAUCGUCGAGUUUCCAUUCAAGGACCUGGAGCCAUUCGAAAUGUUAGGAACUCUCAAUCUGGGAAGGAAUAAGAUCAGAUCCCUUCCUGACAACGCAUUCCAAAGCAGAAGUUUGGGAGGCAUCAUCCUAGCUCAAAAUGACCUUUCUCACAUUGGUAGGAACGCUUUUGCCGGUCUGCCUAGCUUAAGAGCCAUUGAGAUCUCAGGCAACAGAUUAGCAACACUUGGACCACAAUCUUUUGCUUCUCCAAGGCACUCUGCUUCUUUGCAGAUAAAUCUUGCGAGCAAUGAACUUUCUCAAGUAGACGCAACAGCUUUUGAAGGAUUGGAUCCAUAUGGAAUUUAUUUUUCCUCGAAUAGACUGACAUCUUUAUCUAAGGAGGCCUUUUCAGCUUUAGUGACAAAAAUAGCUCAAAAAGAAGGCUUCUUGGAAUUAUCGGGCAAUCCUCUGAGUUGUAGAGGCUGUGAUUACUCGUGGCUUGUAUUAAAUAAGGAUUUGCUCUACACAAGACUGUAUGGAUUUACUUGCCCAGAUGGAACUGGUUUGAUGGAUCUCACAGACGCAAAAAUUGGAUGCAACAGCAGAAGAGCCCUUUUCUAAGAUAUUCAUUAUUCCUGUAAUUAAAUACAGUUGAAAACAUGUUGAGUCUUCGUUCUCUUUUUCUGGCAAUGGUGAAAUUAUUCUAAAAACAGCAUUGCACAAAUGUGUCAAAAGAGUAUUCCGAUUUUUCCCCAUUAUUUUUAUAGAGA